AUCUCCGUACAAAAGUUAACGUUACUCUUGUUCACUUCAGUCCUCUGCUCAACAGCAUUGUCUCUACAGAUAGGCGAUUAAUCUCACCAAACGAAGCCGGGAGCACAAUUUUCUACUCUGGUCAAUGGCUGCAAAAACCCUAGAAGCCAAGGCUGGAGGCUUGAUUGAUGGGGGUCCGACAGUGGGUUAUGGAACUGAGCCGGGUUCCGAGGAGAAGGGGACCUCGAGGGCUGAGAUUGACACCUCGGCGCCGUUCGAAUCGGUGAAACAGGCGGCGAAUCGAUUUGGUGGGAUGGGUUUUUGGAAACGCACCUCUCAUAAGCCCUCUGAACAUGCCCCAGAGCUCAGUGAUGAAAAGAUUGACAUUGCAAAAGUAGAAGAACAAGCUGCACAGUUGGAAAGGGAUCUGAUUGUGAAAGAAAGGGAAACGCUCGAUGUUCUCAAGGAACUGGAAACCACUAAAAAUAUUGUCGAAGAGCUGAAAUCAAAGCUGCGGAAAGAAGCAUUUGAAAUCAAUGCAACCGUUGCUGCAAAUUCAGUUGAUACCAAGGUCAAUUCUGCUGCUGCUGGCAUAUGGGAAAAGGAAAGUCGUGAAAACUGUUUGAAUCUUCAGCAAAAUGGGAUUAGCUGUUUGGACAAGUGUCCUUCCUCGGCUCCGGGCUUCAUACUACGGGAACUGAAACAGGCUAAACUUAACUUAACGAGGACUACUAAUGAUCUUGCAGAUAUUCAAGCUACAGUUAACCUAUAUAACAAGAAAAUCGAGAAAGAGAGAAUGUCGCUUGAGAAGACUCACCAAAGGUUGUCUUCAAGUACCUCAAAGGUUUCGUAUCUCAAGGAAGAAUUAAACCUUACAAAACAGAAACUACUGCUGGUAAAAGACACUGAGGACCUCAGUAGAUCUCAAGAUUCCUUGGGUGUCGCAAGAGAGCUAGAAAAGCUAAGUUAUGAGACGGACCAAUUUAAGAAAGUGGGAGAAGCUGUAAAAUUAGAAGUUCUAAGGGCAACCUCUGAGAUUGAACAGACAAAAACUAGAAUUAAAACUGCUGAGAUAAGGUUGAUAGCUGCUAAAAAAUUGAAGGCAGCAGCAAUAGCUUCUGAAGCUGUGGCUCUUGCAGAAAUCAAAGCAUUAUCAAAAGGUGAGAAUUCAUCUGCAGAUUUGAAGCAGAAGUCGGGAAGUGUAACUCUUACUCUCGAGGAAUACUCAUCCCUAAUUUCCCAAGCUCGAGAAGCGGAGGGAGCUUGUAAAGGGAGGGUAAUGGAUGCAGAGGUUCUAGUCAAUGAAGCUAACGUGUCUAAAACAGAAAUCUUGAAAAAGGUAGAAGAGGCUGCUGAAGAAGUUAAAAUUACCAAAAUGGCCUUGGAAGAAGGAUUGAAUAGAGUGGAGGCGGCAAAUAAAGAUAAAUUGGCAGUUGAAGAGGCUCUCCGAAAAUGGAGAUCUGAUCAUGUUAAGAAAAGACGUUCUGUACACAACUCUACCAGAUUUAAGAAUUCUUGUUCAUCUCACCUUCGGAAAGAAUCUUCUCUUCUUGAUGUAAGUGGUCUGGAUUUGGUCGAUAAUGAGUCAAAACCAGUUUUGAAGCCGUGUCUAUCCAUUGGGCAAAUAAUGAGCCGGAAACUGCUUCUAAAAGAAGAAUAUGAGAAUGGGAUGCAGGCAGAAAAGAACAAAAACCAAGUCGCCCUGGGACAAAUUCUUAGCCAACCUAGUAAAGAUCCACUUUCUGUUAAAAAAACUGGGAAAGAAAACGCUGAAGAGCAACUCCGUGGAAAGAGAAAGAAGUUUGGUUUUGCUCGGAUCUCACUCUUUGUGACAAUGCAAAGUAAGAAGAAGAAGAAACAAAAGGGAAGUUCAAGCUUUGACGACGUAUAGAUAAACUUGCCGGAUCAUCAAGUUUCUUUGUCAUUAAUUCUGCAACAGGUUUAUUAGGCUUGUUUAGUCUAGGAAGAUUGUAUGGUUCCCUAACUUAUGGAUUGUUUCCCCACCAUUGGUCUCUUAGAUUGUUGGAAUGUAGCUCUUUUAUGUGAGCAAGGAGUAGUGCCUAUUUCUUCAGUAUGUGUGAAACUGAGAAAUUGUGGUUUGUGUAGAAAUAUAUGAUUUAACAUGGAUGUUUAGUCUUUAGUCUGGAAUGUCAUUGUGUGCACAACCUUCUACUUUAGCCCAUUCUGACAA